GGGCCAGAGACAUUGGGCCAACCAGAAAAAAGUUGACAAAUUUUCUACAAAACACUGUUUUUUAUUUAUUAUAAUUUAGAACAUUAUGGGAACCAUUCUUUAUCAUUUUCCUUUGAGUGCACCUUCUAGAGGAGCUCUUCUCGCAGCUAAAGCGGCUGGCGCAAAUGUAGACGUUCAAAUAGUGGAUUUGUUGAAAAAAGAACAGCUCAGUGAAGAUUUCAUAAAGAUAAAUCCUCAACAUACCAUUCCAACUUUAGUUGAUGGGGAGGUAGUGAUUUGGGAUAGCCACGCAAUAGCUGGAUAUUUGGCUAAUGUGUACGCAAAAGAUAAAAAUUUGUAUCCUCAAGAACCCGCGGCUAAAGCCCUAGUGGACCAGAGGUUAUUUUUCGAUUGUGGAACACUGUAUCCCAGGAUUAGGCAGAUAUGUUAUCCUGUACUAUUUUCGGGCCAAGACGAGAUUUUUGAUGAACAUAAGGGCCCUUUAGAUGAAGCUUUAGGGUUUUUGGAUGUAUUUUUGGAAGGAAAUGAUUUUGUGACAGGGAAACAUUUAACCAUCGCUGAUUGUUGCUUGGUAGCCUCAGUUUCAACCAUUGCGGCAGUAGGCUGGAAUAUAGGCGCCUAUGCGAACGUGUCAAAUUGGUUGUCUAGAUGUGCUUUGGCCAUUCCUAACUACGCGGAGGCCAAUCAGAAAGGUGCCGAUUUAUAUGGAAAGGCGGUGCGCAGUAAAUUGGCACCAGGCCAAAUUUAAUAAUAAAUAUUUUUUCCAAGAAAAUGUGUUUGUAAACAAAUAUUUUAAAAACUUGUUUUUUAUUUUUUGAAUAAAUACCUACCUAUUAUUUUAU